AUGGCUGUCACAUAUGAUAUGAGUGUACCGCUAGCACGAAACCCAGUUAUAGUAGUGACAGUACUAGGAGCGUUAGCUACCGUGAGCACAGCAUUACGCUUCUUCUCCCUACGAAUAAAGCAGAUGUCUCCUAGUCUUCCUGAAUAUCUCAUCCUUGCGGCACUGGAGGAUCUGGUCGAGAUUCUCGAGACCUUCCAGAGUCAGCGGAAGUCAUGA